UGCUAACAAAUUCCCUAAAUUGUAUACUUUAUCAAUAGAAAAAGAGAGUACGUGCAAUCAAAUGGGCAAAAACAUAAAUGGAUCAUGGGAGUAGAAUCUAGUAUGGAGGAGAAAAUUAUUCGAUUGGGAAGCUGAAAAGGCCAAACAACUCCAAAGGAUGAUAGCGGACGUGAAGAUUUCACAAGGAAAGCCUGAUGCGUGGGAGUGGGUUCACGAUAAGGAUGGUCAUUAUUCAACAAAGACGGCUUACUCAUUGUUGACACAAGAGCAAAAAGGAUCAAGGGGAACUGAAAUCUUCAUAAGAAUAUGGAACCCUCUAUUUCCAAGCAAAGUUUCAGCAUUCAAUUGGCAACUGGUGCUAGACAGAAUUCCAACAAGGAUGAAUUUGUUAAGAAGAGGGAUUACUAAGGACAUGGAGGAAGGAAGGUGCGCUAUAUGCGAAGAAGCCGAUGAGAAUGCUGGGCAUCUAUUUUUAAAUUGCAAGUGUGCUCGUUGGAUAUGGAAAGCUUGUGCUAAAUGGUGGGGAGCUAAGAUAUCAUUCGGAACAUAUUGCUGGAACACUUUUCAAAAUUUUGGAGCAUAGACCAAGAAUAAACACACUAGAGAAGGAUGGGACUAUAUAUGGAAUACUGUUAUUUGGUCCAUAUGGCUGUCUCAAAACCAGAAAAUAUUUCAGGAUAAAGAGAUAAAUUUGGGGAAACUAUUUGAACUCAUCAAACUAAGAUCCUUCCUAUGGAUUAAAGCAACAAAUGACAGGUAUGCCUUCAGUUUAACUGAUUGGCUAAUUAAUUCUAUUGUUUGUU